AGGUUGAGGAUGGGGACGCUGCGGGAUUUACAAUACGCCUUGCAAGAGAAGAUCGAGGAGCUCCGUCAGCGCGACGCGCUCAUCGACGAGCUGGAGCUGGAGCUGGAUCAGAAGGACGAGCUGAUCCAGAAGCUGCAGAACGAGCUGGACAAGUACCGCUCCGUCAUCCGGCCCGCCACCCAACAGGCGCACCAGCAAACCUCGGGCACCUUGCACGGCGAGCAGAGGACCAAGAGGCAGGCCAUUUCCGCCGAGCCCACGGCUUUUGACAUCCAGGACCUCAGCCAUGUCACCCUGCCUUUCUACCCCAAGAGCCCACAGUCAAAGGACCUAAUAAAGGAAGCUAUCCUUGACAACGACUUCAUGAAAAACCUGGAAUUGUCUCAGAUCCAGGAAAUUGUGGAUUGUAUGUAUCCAGUGGAAUAUGGCAAAGACAGUUGCAUCAUCAAAGAAGGAGAUGUUGGCUCCCUGGUCUAUGUCAUGGAAGAUGGAAAGGUUGAGGUUACAAAAGAAGGAGUAAAGCUGUGCACUAUGGGGCCUGGGAAGGUGUUUGGAGAACUGGCUAUCCUAUACAACUGCACUCGGACUGCUACCGUCAAAACUCUCGUAAAUGUGAAACUUUGGGCUAUUGAUCGGCAAUGUUUCCAAACAAUAAUGAUGAGGACUGGCCUUAUCAAGCAUACAGAGUAUAUGGAAUUUUUAAAAAGUGUUCCAACAUUCCAGAGCCUCCCUGAAGAGAUCCUUAGUAAACUUGCUGAUGUUCUUGAAGAGACACACUAUGAAAAUGGAGAGCACAUUAUCAGGCAAGGUGCUCGGGGAGAUACUUUCUUCAUAAUCAGCAAAGGAAAGGUAAAUGUCACUCGUGAAGAUUCACCUGGGGAAGAUCCUAUAUUUCUUCGUACUCUAGGAAAAGGAGAUUGGUUUGGGGAAAAGGCACUCCAGGGGGAAGAUGUCAGAACGGCUAAUGUUAUCAGCGCGGAACCCGUGACGUGUCUCGUCAUCGACAGAGACUCUUUCAAACAUUUGAUUGGAGGUCUGGAUGAUGUUUCCAAUAAAGCAUACGAGGAUGCUGAAGCAAAAGCAAAAUACGAAGCCGAAGCUGCCUUCUUCGCCAACCUAAAGCUGUGUGACUUCAACAUCAUUGACACUCUUGGAGUUGGAGGUUUUGGCAGAGUUGAACUGGUGCAGUUGAAAAGUUGAUGAAUCAAAAACUUUUGCAAUGAAGAUACUAAAGAAACGUCACAUAGUAGACACGAGACAGCAAGAACAUAUACGCUCAGAAAAACAGAUCAUGCAAGGCGCUCACUCAGAUUUUAUUGUGAGGCUAUAUAGGACAUUUAAGGACAGCAAGUAUUUAUAUAUGGUUGAUGGAAGCCUGUUUAGGUGGAGAGCUUUGGACAAUUCUCAGGG